UGUCGGAGAGGUUGAAAGUGCAGAUAACUGGUUAGAGAGGUUAAAUAGAAAAAAAGAACAAAAAGUGUGCUUUCACUAUCACCUGCCUUUUAAGUUACUACUUCAUGGACGCAGACUAUCUACAAACUGUUAAAAUAGCACUGAUAUUAUGCUCUUGCUUUUUUGCUUAUGGGACGUAUUGGUCGGAUUGGGCAUUUGAUUAUUAUCUGCUAUGGACAAAUCCAGACGAGCAUCCUCAUGCGAUAGAACGAGCAGUUGUGUAUUAUGCAAAUCAAUUACAAAUUCCAACUAUUAUAAAAUUUGUACCCAUCAUAAACUUGCUUAUUGCAGCAGCUGGUUUUGCUACAGGAAUAUUUGCUAUGACAGAUGGGAGCUUACUGUUUGACGGUGCUUCUAUUGUGUUACUAUUCUUUGGAGCGUUUACACACGCCACAUCAGUUAAACCAGCUAUUCUGCUUGCCAACGAAUCUGACAAUGACAUUAAGAUUAUCACAGCCGCCUUGAAGAAUAUUGCAGCAGCCCACUUUAUUAUCGUGCUAGCCAUUACAGGUACAUAAAUAGCAACUAGUUUUCUGCUAAACUGAAUUUCUUGGAUCAUCAUUAAAUUCGACCAUUCAAUAGGUAUUAUUGGGUUACAAAUCACACAUUAUUUUGUUAUAAAGCGAUCUAACAGAGACGAAGACGGUGGUGCUGAUUUUGAUGAAGAUGAGGAAGCAGAAGAAGAAGAAGAAGAAGAAGAAGAGGAGCACGAAAGUAAUGAAGCAACAGAAGUCCAAGAGAAAAGAUAAACAAAAGAAGUAAU